AGAAGACAGUGCAGUCGCAGACGAUGACUACUCAGACGACACUAGUUGCUCUUCCGGAGAGCAAGUAUCUGGCUUAAGAUUGCAGGAAAAGCUAUGGAGCAUAUUACUCAUUUUGGGUGGCACAGCAGGGUCUCAGAUGGCGUCGCAUCGUAAAACGUUUCGGGACCUGUUAGAGUACCUCUGUCAAUCGGAC